GUUCGAAGUUGUAGUCCGUUGUGGUGUUCGUCAUGGAUAACAGUGAUUCGGAAAAAAAAAAGAAAAUUAAUGAAGUGGACUUGGACGAAGUCUUGCCAAUCAUCGGGGAGUUUGGACGAUAUCAAAAGUUAUUGUUGUGGCUCGUCUGUCUGCCCGCAUGUAUACCGUGCGGUUUCGGAGCGUUCAACCAACUGUUCAUGUCCGACGUUCCCCCACAUUGGUGUUCGGAACCACAGCUGUAUAAUUUCACUGCGGAACAGAGAAAACGAAUUUAUGAACAAAGUAACGUCACUCAAGUAAAAAAUGGAUGCAUGCGGUAUGCAGUUAAUUGGACAGAAGUCUUGGUGUCUUCCGAAGUCCACGGAAAUUUGGAACAGUUGGUGAACGAAAGUUGGCCGUUGGAGAAAUGUAACAGUUGGGAAUACGAUACGAGUUUCGUACAGUCUUCAAUUGUAAUCGAUUUUGAUUUGGUCUGCGAACAUGACAUAUACCCGACGGUUGGAUUAGCAGCUCUAAACUUAGGAGGACCUAUUGGAGUGUAUUUUUUCGGUGUGUUGAAUGACAGAAUCGGAAGGAGGAAAUCGUAUUUUUUGUGUCUGGCUACAUUAAUUGUCGGUAGCUUGUUAACGGCUUGCGCAAUGAAUUUCUGGUGGUGGGCCAUGUCCAGAGUAAUCGUAGGUCUGACUAUACCGGCUGUUUAUCAAAUACCAUUUAUUAUAUCUCUGGAACUCGUCGGACCUAACUACAGGUCGUUCAUUACCGUGAUGACGUGUAUGUUCUACACACUCGGCCUGGUGUUGUUGUCCGGCGUUACUUACUACGUGCGAAAUUGGGUGUACUUGGCGUUGGCGACGUCCACCCCGUUCACACUGUACUUUAUAUACUGGUGGUUCCUACCGGAAUCGCCAAGAUGGUUACUGGCCAAAGGCCGGAUUGAAGAGGCGCUGAAAAUACUCGAAACCCUGGCCAGGAUCAACGGGACCGUGCUCCCAGAGUCGUUCAAACAGAAGCUGAAGCAAAAAAUGAUGAUGCAACGCACACUGAGCGAAGAAAAACGUUUGAAAGAAGGGCCUGGGGUGUUGGCCCUGUGUAGGACGCCGAACAUGCGGUUAAAGACCAUUCUGAUAACGUUCAACUGGUUUGCCAACGACAUGGUGUAUAUUGGACUGAGUUAUUACGGUCCAUCGUUGGGACAAAAUCAAUACUUGAGCUUUCUGCUGUCGUCCGUCGUGGAAGUGCCUAGCUGCCUGGUAUGUUGGCUGCUCAUGGACCGGUGGGGUCGCCGGUGGCCUCUGUGUCUGGCCAUGACGUUGAGCGGCAUCAGUUGCAUUGUCACCGUCACCUUGCCCCCAGAUGCUGUGAUCACUACCCUGGUUCUGUUUUUGUUUUCCAAGUUCACGAUAUCGGCUUCGUUUUUAAUAAUCUAUCCAUUUGCCGGUGAACUCUAUCCGACACAAUUGCGUGGCAUUGGAAUUGGAACCUCUGCGUACAUCGCUGGUCUUGGUUUGGUAUUAAUACCAUUUAUUAACUAUUUGGGACGUGAAAAUUUAGUUUUGCCGCUGUUGAUAAUGGGCAUACUAUCAGUGAUUGGUGGAAUCACCGGUCUCCGUCUUCCCGAGACAUUGCAUUAUAAGUUACCGCAGUCAGUUGAAGAGGGAGAAGAAUUCGGGAAGAACUGGACUAUGGCUGAUUGUAUAACCUGUGUUCCCAAAAGGCCGUCGGAGCAUUCGAAUUCGUACGAAGACCUAACUGAAAAACUGGAAAUGUCUCCUACGACAGAAACGACGGCAUUUGCAACAGGAAGUGGUGGUGGCAGGUCUAAAUUCACCAGACAACAGAGCACCAUGGAAACUCCAUUAGACUCAUCAGGCGUAGUCAAAAUGACUUGCUGGUUUUAGUUGAUAUGUUUGUUUUAUUUGAUUUAUAUCGUUUUCGUGUAAUAUAAUAUAGAUGGUCGGUGCCUAGAAUAGUGUGUAAGAUAAUCUACAUAAUAUGGCAUGUAGACAAGAAAAGGUUUUUUUUUAUAGUAAAAUCUGUUAAGAUUAAUGCAUUCAAUUUCAUAAAAAAUAUUUUUUUUUACUAAACUACCUAAUGACAAAAGUGUACCAACAUAAUAUGAUAACAUAAUAUUGUUACGUGGACUAAAAGAAACCAUUCAAAUUAGUUCAAAUGUGUUUAUUUUUAAAUUAUAAAUUGUGGCCAUUCAUUAUUUGGAAAAAGAACGAAUAUUAGUAAUUCAAAAAAUAAAUAUGACUAUAAAUAUUAAUAGAAUUAUACCUAUAUUAGUAUUUGUUUUCGAUGACAGCAUAAUACUUAAUAUUAUAAUCUGUAUAUUUACUUACAAUACAACAUAAUAUCCAAUAUCGUAUUAAUUUGUUAAUCAACAUUUAUCAGGACUUGCUUUAAACUGAUUCCGGGAGGUUAUGGCCCGGCUACGGAAUAUAAUAUAAUCAAUUCUAAUGUCCGUGCACGAAAUAAAUAUUUCUACGAAACCAAUAUAACUUAUAAAUAAAUGGAUUUUUAAAUUAUUUCGUUUUGCGUUUUGUUCAAUGAUAUUCUAUAAAUUACGUUUUGCGUUAUGUUUUGUUUAAUGAUAUAUUAUAAUAUAAUUUGUUAAUCGCGUUAUGUUUUGUUUUGCGGUAUUUAAUUAUUUUUGAUUAUCGCUUUUCGUUAUAAUUACGUUUACAAAUUCCAAUGGUUUUUUUGUCAAAAAUAACGUUAUUAUAACUUUUGCAAGCCCUGAAUUUUACCCAUCAACAAAAUUAUCAUUUAAAAAUUAGCCAGUAAUUGUUAUGAUACCUUUAGUUUAUUAUAUUACGUGCACUUUUAAAAUGUUUUCAUUAGGAAACAGAAUGUUUAACGGAAAAUUAUUAUUUCUAAACGAUGAUGUUUACCUAUUUAUAAGCUUUACCUUUGGAUUAGUAGACUACUAACAAUUGUAAAUUUGUAAAUAUGUUAGGUCUUAGGAAACUACUCCAUUACAAAAAAAUAGUCUGCUUCAGAAUGUGAAAUUAAAAGUCCCAAUUAUUUAUCGUAUAUAAUUAAAAAAAUAUGGCAAUAUUUAGAGAUAAUAUAUAUACAAAUUUGAACGAUUGAAAAAAACCAAAAACACAUUUGAUUUAAAUCUUUACAGAUCAUUGCAGCCAGCCAAUAAAAACAUGUUCAAUUAUAAUAUACUUAUUAUAUUGUAUCGUAAGGUAUCUUAAGUUUUAACGAUUGUAGUUAAUAAUGUAAUUAUUAAGGUGUUGAUAUUAUUAAACUUACAAGUUUAUUUACUGCGCACCUGAAUAAUGUAGUUUAGAACAGGUCGAUAUAAGAUAGUACGCAUAAGAUGAUAUUCAAGAUAAUAUUUAUUUUAGAUAAAUCGAUUCGCAGUAAUGAAUGUAUCUACUCAUUUUAAGUUACUCAAAAGUCAAUAUAUUAUGUCAUGUAUAUUUAAGUUAAAUAUUAAUUUAGAUAUAUACAUUAUACAUGUACAUAAUUAAUUUUGCUCUUAAAACAAUAAUAUACCAUGAUAAGUUUGCUUUAUUCUACGUUUCAAUUUAAGCCAUAAUGUUUCCAAUAAUAAGUAAUUGUGUAAAAAUCUACAGUACCCCCCCCCCCCCCCCCCCCCUACAGUACCACAGGCUAAUGACCUGAGCAGUCAAAGCCUUAACCCUAAUAAAAAAAAAAAAAAAAAAAAUAAGUAAUUACAUUGAAAUAUUAACACUAACCUAAUCAUAAUAUAUUUUGCAUAUUAAAAUUUUAAAUGCAAAAAUACGUUUGAUUUUUAAUUUUGAUUGACUUUGUUGAUAGACUUCCAUGAAUUUUGUAACAAAUAAUAAAUUCAAGAUUUUAGUUAUUAUUAUGACAUUUUAUAAUUGUUAGUAAUUAAAAACUUAUAUCACAAAUAUGAAGUUAAACACUAUUUUUACAAAUAUUAAAACUUAAAUUAUAUAGUUACUUUUUGUUCGUAAAAUUUGGAACGAUAGAAGAGUUAAUUUCUUAAAAAAUGUCAAGUAUUAUUGUUAUGACAUAAUAAAUAAUACAUAAUAUUAAAAUCAUAUUAGACUUCAAGAAAUUAGUAGUGUCUACCAAACCAAGACCUUUAGAGUUAAGAAUAAUAAAAUUAAAAAUAUUUUUAAUUCUUAUCAAAAAAUCAAAAAAGUAACGUAUCGCGUAUUUCUUAUACUAAUAAGUUUUUAAAUGUUACGGUUGCAGAGAGUAUGAUUUUAAAUACGCAAGAUCAAAAUUAUUUUGUUUUUAAAUUUAAGUAUUUCAAAUCCUUAUUACAAGAUAAUAAAUAAGAUAAAAUAUUAAAAAAUAAUAAUAAUACAAUAUAAAUACUAAAAUAUGUUCUGUAUUGGUUUACUGUUUUUUUUUUGAUAUAUUAUAGAAGUGAUCUAGUUAGAACUAUUGUUUUAUUAGC